CGCAAGUCCAAGAGAAGAGCAAAGGAGGAGAGAGAGGGAUGCUGGACACGAAAAACGCCACAGAGGACACGCCCACGUCGCAAGAUGCCAAGACGCUCGUCCCGAUGUCGCUGAGUCUAGUGGCAAAAAAGGAGAAGAUCUUACAAAUGGAGGUGGCCAAGCUGGGGAAGUUACUGGCUCAACGCAACGAGAUGCUCGACGGCUUACAAGAGAGCCACGAGUACCUGCUCACGACGAACGGACAGCUUCAGGAGAGAAGUCGUCUGCGGCGAGAGAGGCUGGUGUCGCUGCGGACACUGCUGGAGGCCGGUCAAGAACAGCACGGAAAGGACAAGACGGGGGUUUGCGACGUUAUCGGAGUGAACGAACUGGACGCUACUGCUGAGAAGUGUGGUGUGCUCAAGGGUAUUAUACUUGGGUUGGUGGAUAAACGCGCUGGACUGGAGCAACAAUGCAUGGGGCUGGAGGAACAGACAGCGCGAGAGGCGGUGGCUCUGAGAGCGAAGGAGGAACGACUGAGUGAAGUCCGAAACUCGCUUCUUCUUCUGCACGAAGACAUUCAUUCAACCCAGUGGAACUUCGCUAAUGACGAAGCCGAGCUCUCUGCAGAGGACAAACACCUCAAUGCUGUCAGUCAGAACGCUCAGAGUGAAGCAGCAGCUGUGGAAAAAGUUGACACAGCGCUGCGAGCUGAAAAGGCUGCAGUUGAAGACCUUCGAGCAACCUGGCUGAACUACGAAGACAUGGUCCACGAAGAGCAUCGUCAAAUUACAAUUGAAAACGAAGACGCUAGAAGUGAACAGCGAAAAUGUCAGAAGCUGCUUGAAAGCAACGGGGAGGAACUGACAAGUACCAAGUUCUUCAAGCGAGAGCUAGCUCUACGAAAGAAACAAGAGAAGGACAUGCUGGCAAUCGCGCAGUCCAGCAUUAAGGCAAAAGAAGAACAGUUGACUUGGUUGGAUCGUCAGCGCUUGCAUCUUGAAAACGAGCAAAACGAAGCCGUAAAGGUCCACGCUGCAGAUGAAGCUGCUUACCGUACAUUUGUCAAGGAGCACAAGUCGGCAAUGGCUUCUCUGGAAGCACAGAUCAAGGGUAUUGAAAAGGAACUGAAAAGUACAGAACGUGCUAUUACCGCCCGAAACAAGAAGGUGGCCACUAUCAACAAGAAAACUGUACAGAAGUCAAAGGUUCUUCAAGAAUGGAAAGUAAAGAUCGACGCAAAGCAGGAUCAAGUCACAAAGUCUGCAGCCACUCAAGGGCUUGUCGAUGCUGAACUUCUGAACAUGCAAGAAUCAUUGAAACAAGAACAACUUCGUGUGGCGCAGAUUCAGGGACUUCUCAAAGCUCAAGAAAUGGAGUCAGAGGAGUUGCAUUCAUCUUGCGCGGUGGUCGAGUCCGAAAUUCAAAACACGCAUACGUCGCUAGCUACGAUGAGGGCCAACAUCACGGCGACUCAAACAGCCGUGAAAAACCGCAUCGACGAAGUUCGCGAUAAGUUCUUGAGUGCAUUCGUCAUAGAAGACGCUGAAAACCUGAUCCAGUUGCUGAACAAAGAGAUCGAAAGCUGGACAACGAAGGAUUCAGUCGAAGUUGAUGAAGCCAUUGCUCGCCACACGAUGAAGCUAAAACAGAAAUACGAUGCCUUGAUGGCCGAAAAUCGCAAGAAGUUUGGCAAGACUCUGCUGCAAAAGGAAAAACAAUACAACGCAAAACUCGAUAAACUGAAGAAAACGACGGCAGCGAAGAAGUCGAAGCCCGCAGCAAGCUCCACUAACAAGGCAAAAAUUGUGAAGAAACACAGCAUGGAUGAACCAGCUCCUCAGAUUUUUGUAUCUGCGACGAGCCACGAGCAUGAUUCGGAUGAGACCAUGGGUAACCCCGCACCUGAAGAAAACGAUACCAACAACAGAGAUCCCGAUCCAACAAGGAUGGAGCGCCCAAUCAAUGGAGGCGAUCUCAGUAAGGCCCCACCUUCCAAAAUGCGCUUGUCAGAGCUGCACACGACACAACGAGAAGCGAGUGGAGCGCCAAAACCAACUCCAAAGCCUGUUCGACGUGGCCUCAAUCUAGUAGACGAGUCUCCCCAGACAGACAAGGAGCUGGCAGAUAUUUUCACUGCCGACGGAACGAGACUCGAUAAUGCUUCUGGAGUCCGUCCACGUCGAUUGAAGAGACGCACACCAGCUCAGAAGGCUGGUAAACCAGAAUCGACACUCUCCACGACUGCACUCAUUGCCCACCAAUAUUCUACAACCGAAAGGCCAAGUCAACACCCUCUCAAUUCUCCCGUCGGCUGCGACGAAGACUUCGCCGCAAUGUCUCGCGCUUCUCAAGAUGAAGACACUACAAAGAAGACACCUUCCACUACACACCAAGCAGCUGAUAAUAAACCACUGCUGCAAAAGGCAGAUCAACGCAGCAAGGGCGUCGCCAAGCGCCGCACAUCGAAGAAGACGAAGGCUUUGCAUCGAGUCCGUCAUUCGAAGGCAAGCCGAAUCUCACUUGGCCGCACCAUGGACUGGUCUACAGCUGAGACGUUCUCCUUCGACUGA